AUGUCGCUGAAAUCCCUUCCACCGGAUACAGUACGAUUGGGAGACACAGAUCUUGCUAGCACAGAUGAUGACAAAUCGGCACAACAAAUUCUGAUCGCACGCUUCAUCAAACAUCCGCAGUAUCGAGAGUCGAGAAGGUACUACGACAUUGCAGUUGUAGAACUUGAGAAAAACGUUAUACCAAACAGUGCCAUUUGUGUAGCGUGUGUGUGGCGUGAACCUGAAGCUCCUGGAGACCUGCUGGUCGCGGUGGGAUUUGGUGCUCUUGGAUUAGGAAGAGAGUUGAGCCCAAUUCUGCAGAAGGUAAAAUUACAGGCCCUAGACGCGUCGAUAUGUGCUAAGCGGAUACCAACCAAUCGACGUCAAAUGCCGGAAGGCUUGCGUGACAAUCAGUUUUGUGCGCGAAGUGAAACCAUGGACACGUUUGAAGGCGACUCGGGAGGCCCACUGCAAACGCUGCGGUACGAUUUGCUCGGUAAUAUCUUUUCAUUAGUAGUAGGUGUGGUAUCGUUUGGAACACCCUGUGUAGAGGGUUCUACUGGAGUGUACACGAGAGUCAGCUCGUACUUGGAUUGGAUUGAGAAGGAAGUUAAUCAGUCGCUUAGCUACGAGGUUUGCACUGGGGUGGACGUUUGUGAUCGGAAAUUUAACCGAUCUGUAGCUGUUUUGCUUGAGCCGAAAUGGAUAAACAGUCGCGUUGGACUGUUGUGGAAGGAAAACGAAACAGACAUCUAUCAGUGUGGUGGACUCCUGAUCGAUUAUCAGUUUGUUAUCACAUCGGCGGACUGUGUUACUUCUAACAAAGGACCUCCAAGAUACGUAGCCUCUAGCUCUAACAGUGAUCGUGCUGCUAUAGAAGAAGUCUACGAAAGUAUGCAAAUUUAG